AUGACUGUCCUGCGAUGGCCCAUUCAGGCAGCGAACCCCGACUGGAAUCCAUCUGAUCCCUCCGGCUCCCUGUAUCUCAGCCGCAUCGCCAACCUCAGUGCACGGCACAGACUUUCCACUUCGAAGACAGCAUUAGACAAUACCAUCCUACUAAACAACGGCAACAAGGACCCUGCAGAGUGUGCUCACGAAUACGACCGCACUCUUUGGCAGAGUCAGCAUGCUGCCCUCCGGCGAAGACUCCAGCUAGGUGGGGGCAACAUCAUCGCAGGUGGAGGCGGUACCGCUUCUUUGACUAUAUGGCAGUCAGCCAUUGGCUCGAAUUCAGCUAUGGGUAUGGCACAGACCGCGAUACUGGGCAACUCUCAGGGAAGUAUUGCGCCUCUGCCGCCGCCGAUACUGGAUGAGGACAGAGAUUUAGAUGGUGGUGUUGGCAGUGGACUGGGCGAUUCAUACAUUGAUGGGGACACUCAGGGCAAGAAGCCGUACGAGUCACAGGAGGAAGGUAUCAACGACGAAGAGGAGUUAGAGGAUGGUGGGGUGCUUGGGCUACUGGCGCAGAUAUAUGCUGCGAAGGGCCCUAAACAUGUCCCUGUCAUCUGA